CGGUACAGUAUAAGCAAAAUAAAGGAAGGGGUCUGUGGACCACCCUGUAUAAUUGGAGCUGAUGAUGAGCCCCGCGUUGUCGCCUUGGAUCCACGCGCCGCAUAUGCUGGCUGAUGAGGACUUGCCAAGGUGAUGACGGCUGCCAAGGUGACGAGGUGAUGGUUGGUUGGGGAGGGGGAGGGGCGUAAGCCUUCCGAUCUAACGAGUGCCGGUGGUAUGCCAGGGAUCGCGGGGUGGAAAGGGGCGCGCGCCUGUGAGCCGCCCGCAGCCCCGUUCGUAAACUGUUUAAAUUCAAACAGCGUCCUGCUCUCUUUUCCAGAUGCGAUCGCUUCUGCCGGUGGUGGCGUCGCUGCUGCCGUUGCUGCUGCUGCUGGCACAGCUCGCAUCCGUCUCGGGCACGUUCGGCGGCUACAGCGAGGACGGGACGCUGUGGAAGUGCAGCUCCAGGAACACGACCUCCUCGCUGUCCUCCUCGUCGGCGUCGUCCGAGGCAGGUGCGGCCGGCCCGGCCGGCAGUCACCCGGGCGAGGUCACCUGCAGCUGCGACGGCAUCAACAUGACCAGCGUGCCGCCCGUCAUGCCCAAGAUGCACCGCCUGGUUAUCGAGAACUCCCUCGGGAUGGAAGUCCUGCGGAAGGACGCCCUGCAGCCGUACAGCGCCAGCCUCUCGGACGUGUGAGUAUAGUAUGACCAC